UUCUUUAUUUUUUUUUCGGGAUAAAUAAACCAAAGAUUGUGGAACGGUUUAGGUGUUUUAUUGCAAUCUUUAAUCGGUUUCAGAAACAAAAUGAAACGAAGAGGCGGUGGAGGCCUUUACGGGAACUUUGUUUCUGCCAAUGAAGGGGUGGAGAAUAAAGCAUAUAGAGGAGCUGAGAUUCCUCCGCCUCCGAACCUGGAUAGUUCAAGCAGACCCAGGGUUAUUCCCAAGAUCGGAGGAGUACCUGGAGGAGUUACCAGUGCUCCGUUAGUGGUGAGCAAGCAAGGAUAUUCUACAAUGUCAUCUAUCUCGGACGCUUCUCUUUCUUAUUCUCAGUACGGAGUAGCGAUAAAGAAAGCCAGGACUGAAGAUGAAUAUUUCAACUCUGAUGAGGAGGAGGAGCCAGCAGCUUACCAACCUAAACCUGGCAGUCCGGGAGCAGGAAACCAGGAUUUGGAUGAUGAUGAUGAUCCCCUGGAUGCGUAUAUGAAGGACCUGGAGAAAAAUGCAAAGGAUAAAGGAGUGAGUGCGGCGGAAAAACCGGUUCUGGGGCGGAAAGAGGAAAAGAAGUUCCCUGAGAAGGAUAUCGGAGGGCGGAGAGUUCUGAAGACUGGAAUGAUCGCUAAGAAGCCGAUGCAGGAUAUUAGUAAAGGAGUUCGCCAGGAUAUUGAUGAUGAAGAUCAUGAAGAAUCAUAUUACAGAUGGUUGGAAGAGAAUCCGAAUGCAGGAACCUCCAAGGACAACGAGGAUGAGAUAUUAAUCGAUUACGAUGCCGACGGAAACCCCAUAGCUCCGGAGAAGGAUAAAAAUGUGGAUCCUCUCGCGGCCAUCGAUCAUUCGCUAAUUAAAUAUCAUCCCUUUGAAAAGAAUUUCUACGAAGAGCAUCCUGAUAUAGCAACACUCAGCAAUAUUCAAGUUAUUGAUCUCCAACAGAAACUAAAUGUCAAGGUGUCUGGCCCUUCACCGCCGAAACCCGUUACAAGUUUUGCGCAUUUCGGGUUCGAUGAUGUUCUCAUGAAAUCGAUUCGAAAGAGCGAGUUCUCCCAACCGUCUUCGAUACAGGCGAUGGCGAUUCCUACGCUCCUCAGCGGACGUGAUGUCAUCGGAAUAGCGGAAACCGGAAGUGGUAAAACGGCGGCGUUUCUGUGGCCUCUCCUUGUACAUGUAAUGGAUCAACCAGAGUUAAGGAAAGGUGAAGGUCCAAUAGGGCUAAUCCUGGCCCCGACCAGAGAGCUGGCCCUCCAGAUAUUCUCGGAGGCGAAGAAAUACGGCAAAGUUUACAACAUCUCUGUAGUCUGCGCUUACGGAGGAGGGAAUAAAUACGAGCAGGGGAAAAGUUUCGAGGCCGGAGCCGAGAUUGCCAUCGCUACCCCCGGUCGGAUGAUUGAUAUGAUCAAGAUGAAAGUCACAAACUUUGAACGGGUAACAUACUUAGUUCUCGAUGAGGCGGAUAGAAUGUUCGAUAUGGGAUUCGAACCUCAGGUUCGAUCCAUCUGCAACCACGUUCGACAGGAUCGUCAGUGCUCUCUGUUCUCAGCAACAUUCAAGAAGAGGAUCGAGAUAUUGGCCCGGGACGUACUCACGGACCCUGUAAAGAUUGUUCAAGGAAAUAUCGGGGUGGCAAGUGAGAAUGUUACUCAGCACGUAAAGGUUUGUCCGUUAGGAGGAUACAAAUGGCAGUGGUUGACCAAGUCCUUGGUCAAGUUUAUGUCCACGGGGUCCGUCCUUAUAUUCGUGACGAAGAAGCAGAACAGCGAGGAGCUGGCGCACAAUCUCAAGGUCAAGGCAGAGAUAGAUUGCAGAUGCCUACACGGAGACGUGUUCCAGAGUGAGAGGAACGAGAUUAUCUCCGCCUUCAAGAAGCAGGAGUUCCCUGUCCUAGUUGCUACAGAUGUAGCAGCUCGUGGUCUAGAUAUACCGCACGUUAGGACAGUUGUAAACUUCGAUGUUGCCAGGGAUAUCGACACACAUACACACAGAGUAGGACGGACGGGUCGAGCAGGGGUGAAGGGGGACGCAUACACACUUAUAACAGCCAACGACAAAGAGUUUGCCGGUCACAUAGUCAGAAACCUGGAGAUGGCGAACCAGGAGGUUCCCAGAGAUCUGAUGGAGCUGGCGAUGCAGGCUCAGUGGUUUAAGAACUCCAGAUAUAAGAAGGGGAAGGGUAAAGGAGCUGGAGGAACUGGUUUAGGGUUCAGGGACCGGCCUGCUCUGGGAUACGAGGGAGACACCAGCAACAGUAAGGAUGAGACUCCAAUAUCAGAACAGUUUGCUUAUGACAGGAAGAGAAGCGAAGGGUUGGCGCGACCGGGCACUGACCGGCUCGCGGCGGUCAAGAUGGCGUACAAAAACCAGUUUAUGUCAAACUUCAGAGCCGCGGAGUCAUCAGAGGCCGGAUAUAAUCCUAACUCGAGAUUAAUUGAAGAAAAGAAACCAAGGAAACGACCCUCAAGAUGGAGUGAUGAAUGAGUUCAUAUUGUUUGUAUUAAAUUAAAAUAAAUCAGAAAAUUAUA